GCUGUUAGGGAGUUGAGGCGACGUCAUUGGAGGGGGGAGAGGCGCGCGAGCAGGGACGGUCAGACGGAAGAGGCAUGUAUGUAUGCGCGCGUGCGUGUAUGAGCUGAAGUGAAGCGCGCUCCAGGCUCUAGUGACCGCCGAAUGACAGUAGGUGAGUGCUGGGAAGAAGGAUGACAAUGGCGCAUGUUGGGGCAGUGGUUGCUGCGAUCACUGCUGUGAUAGCCAUUCUGCUUCACUCCUCCAUACACAAGAUUGAAGAAGGCCAUUUAGCAGUGUAUUACAGAGGCGGGGCUUUGCUCACCAGUCCUAAUGGGCCAGGCUAUCACAUCAUGCUGCCUUUCAUCACAACCUACAGAUCAGUACAGACGACACUGCAGACAGAUGAAAUAAAAAAUGUGCCUUGUGGAACGAGUGGUGGCGUCAUGAUCUAUUUUGAUCGAAUCGAGGUGGUCAACAUGCUGGUGCAAACAGCAGUGGUGGACAUUGUGAGGAAUUACACUGCUGAUUACGACAAGACACUAAUAUUCAACAAAAUCCACCACGAGCUGAACCAGUUCUGCAGUGUUCACACACUACAAGAAGUCUACAUUGAAUUGUUUGAUAUAAUCGAUGAAAACCUCAAGACUGCUCUGCAGAAGGAUCUGAAUUCCAUGGCCCCUGGUCUCACUAUCCAGGCAGUUCGAGUCACCAAGCCUAAAAUCCCUGAGUCAAUCAGGAGAAACUUUGAGCUCAUGGAAGCUGAAAAGACCAGACUGCUGAUCACUGCUCAGACCCAAAAGGUUGUGGAGAAGGAAGCAGAGACUGAGAGAAAGAAGGCUAUCAUUGAGGCUCAAAAGGUGGCUCAAGUUGCUGAGAUCCACUUCAGGCAGAAAAUCAUGGAAAAGGAGACUGAGAAGAAGAUAUCUGAAAUAGAAGAUGCCGCAUUCUUGGCCAGAGAGAAAGCUAAAGCAGACGCCGAGUUCUACACAGCAGCGAAGUCUGCUGAAGCUAAUAGGGUGAAGCUGACACCAGAGUACCUGGAGCUCAUGAAAUAUCAGGCCAUUGCCGCCAACAGCAAGAUCUACUUUGGUCAGGACAUUCCCAACAUGUUCGUCGACAACAGUGCCUCUCCCUCAACUAAAGGUUCUGACUCAUCAGAGCAGCUGCAGUCUUUAACCCAAGCUGAGAAACCCAGAAAAGUAACUGGGCUAAAAGCAGACUCUGCACGCCAAUGAGAGACCCGCCCAGGGCUUCUUUUCUGUCACUGUCUGUCUGUGUCUCUGGGGCUGGGAGCGCUUGCGAGGCAUGAUUGCAUAGAUACUUUUUCUGCUGUGUGCCCGAAACUCACUGUACAGUUAGUCAUCUGACUUGAGGGUACUGUUCAACAAAGAGGCUGUGUUACUAUCACAGGUCUAUGGUCUAGGGGAGGGCUCAAAUGUCUUAACAACAGACUAAGACCUAUAAAGGAAGCUAAUGAAUUGGUGAUGCUGAUGCGAUUAUACAGCACAUGUUUCCCAACUUUUUUGUGUUAUUUUCAGAUUGAUAUGUGAAAAAAUGCAUCUUGACUAAUUUUGUUCGCAUAACUGGAAUUAUAAGGCUUCUUGCUGAUUGAGAUGAGGGGGAAAUAGAUUAUGCAGCAACAAGACUUUUUUUUUUUUUUUUUCUUCUCCUCCAAAAAGCUUUCACAACACUGUAGUCUUAACAUAAAGCCCCCACUCUAAAAAAAUAAAUUUAAAGUCAUACAACACCUUUAUUGUAAUUGAAAGCCCCUAUUAAACACAGUUAAAUGGUGUUCAUCAGUAAAUAGAUAUUGUGUUGACACGAUGUGUACAGAUAGCAUUUGAUUUAGUUGGUUCUGUGAAUGAAACUUUUUUUUGCUUAUUUUUUUUUCACUUCUUCAAUAGUUCUGUCACUUCCGAAUCCAGAUUAUUGUAAUGGUAGUAUUGUGCUUUGCUUUGUUCCUGUGCAAGUUGAAGCAUGGAUGAGUGUUAUGUUGUGCAAGAAAUGUUCUGAAGCUUGCAUUGAUUUUAAUUUUUUUUUCAUAGCAUGGGCUUAGGAACCCAACAUGCCAUCUGCUGCCAUGAUUUAAACAUGACUCUUAGUCUUGCUUGGCUUUCACAGCAUGACUGAUGUGCAGAAAAAUUACCUCCAGUUGUCCAGCAGGAAACUACAAUGGGAAUUUAAAUAAGGGCUUAUGCAUCUGGAAAAUAAAUAAUUGAGGAAUCUGCAGAGCUAACAAAGGGCUAUGAAAUUAAUAUUUCACUAAUCUGUUUGUACAAUUUAUUGAUCAUUUUGUUGCAGCUGUUAAUGAGGUAUAGAACACCAACUCACAUUUGCUGUUGUUUUAUUUCACCACUAGGGGGAGUUUUUCCUUUUCUUUUUUUUGUUAUAGACUGGAGGGAGAAUACUAAUCGAGCCUCAAGUACAAAAGACACCGUUUUGGCUUUGUUAGGUAUAGAUUGUCCUAGUUUCCUAUGUGAGUAAUUUGUGUGCAUUUAAUGAAACAUUGUAAGCACUUACAGUGGUUAUGGCUAUAACUUGCUAAGUGUUUAGGUGCUAAUUCUCAGGAAAGGGACACGCAGGAUGAGUUUACCAAAAGUAUCUUCUUAAGUUUUAGAUUUCUGUACUAUUUUCAGUUGUUUGCCUUACAGGAUUUUUGCCUGGUUGAUUAGUCUUACUCAGCUUAGCUUUUAACAUUUCCUCCUCUAUUCUUUUGGGUGGGGUGCACAAAAACUUUCUUUAGGUGAUUCAUCAGACCUGUAAUGACAUUCAGAUGUGUAAUGCCCUUUUUGUUAAUCACUUUGUUUGCAUUCAACUUGUUUUCUCUCAGUUGAUGUGGGUUAGAUCAAAGAGUUGAGGAUUCAUUCAGUCGCUCAUUAAUCCCACUGUAAUGUUUGCCAUGCAUGUUGGCUUCCUUCUCUGCUGAAAACCUUUUUUUCCCUUGUGAUUUUUAAAAAUACAUAUUCUUAAAGGUUGGGAAAGGGUUAAUUGAGUAUGUAAUGUUUAUUAACAGUUUUAAGGGAAAAUGUAUUUGAUUCAUGGAUUAUAUAAUUCAAUGUUUAACAACCAUAAGGAAAUCAAAACGCUUUGAAAUCUAAUUACUACUGGUGGAUAUGAUUUUCAGUGCUAAUAAUUUAGAACACGUGAAAUGACGCUACUCUGUGAAUGUGACUUUUAUACGUAUGCAUAAGUUGAAUUCUUGAUUUCCCAACAUUUAUAUGCAAAAUUUGUAACUUUUGACAGUUCAGUUCUCUAAAAUAAAACUUAUUUUGAUACCA